AGUGCUGGAAACUCCAGGUCCCGGAGGCUGCAGAGCCCAGAGGCAGAGGGAGAGCGAGAGGCUCCUGCGCCAGCUCCCGCGCCGCGGGUGCCCACCAUGGAAGUGCAGUGAGGGAGCUCAGGAGCAAACUUCGGUUCCCCAGGCUCGGAAAGUUUCCUAUGUGACCCGCUCCUGUGCCAACAUGAAAGACGACUUUGCAGAAGAGGAGGAGGUGCAGUCCUUCGGUUACAAGAGAUUUGGUAUUCAGGAGGGAACUCAAUGUACCAAAUGUAAAAAUAACUGGGCACUGAAGUUCUCCAUCAUAUUACUAUAUAUUUUGUGUGCCUUGCUAACAAUAACAGUAGCCAUUCUGGGAUACAAAGUUGUAGAAAAAAUGGACAACGUUACAGGUGGCAUGGAGACAUCCCACAGAAGAUACACUGAGAAACUCUCAGAAGUGGAGAGUGGCCUGAAGAAAUUAGAUGACCAAACUGGACAAAAAGAUAUGAGCACUAACAAAGAACUUUCUAGCUUCAGAUCUGACAUUUUGGCUCUUCGCCAGCAGCUUCAGGAGAUUGCAGAGAAAACCACCAAAAACAAGGAUACACUGGAGAAGCUACAAGAUUCUGGAAAUGUAUUAGAUGACAGGCAGAGCCAAAUGAAAGGUGUCUUGGAUAGCAACUCUUUCAUGAUCAUCAGCGUCAAUAAAACUCUCCAAGCAUACACUGGCUAUAUCAACAAUCUCCAACAAGAUACAAGUAAUAUCCAAACAAAUUUGCAAAGCCAAAUGCAUUCUCAUAAUGUGGUUAUCAUGAAUCUAAACAACUUAAAUCUAACACAAGUUCAGCAAAGAAAUCUUAUCAGUGUUUUGCAGAGGUCUGUGGAUGAUACAAGUCAGGCUAUCCAAAGAAUCAAGAAUGACUUUCAAAAUCUGCAACAGGUUGUCCUUCAAGCACGAAAGGACACUGAUUGGCUUAAGGAGAAAGUGCAGAAUUUACAGAUGUUAGCAGUCAACAACUCAGCAUUGGCCAAAGCUAAUAAUGAUACACUUGAAGACAUGAACAGUCAACUUAGCUCAUUCAGUGGACAAAUGGAGAACAUCACCACAGUUGCACAAGCCAAUGAACAAAAUCUUAAGGAUCUGCAGGAGCAUCAUAAAGAUUAUGCGAACAGAACUUCUGCCAAGUUUAACCAGCUAGAAGAGCGCUUUCAGCUCUUUGAGACAGAUAUAGUCAAUAUCAUUAGCAAUAUCAGCUAUACUGCGCAUCACCUGCGGACACUGACUAGCAAUCUCAAUGAGGUUAGGACAACUUGUACAGACACCUUAAGUAAACACACAGAUGACCUGACUUUUAUGAACAACACACUAGCCAAUAUUCGUUUAGAUUCUACAUCUCUCAGGAUGCAACAGGAUGUGAUGAGAUCAAGAUUAGAUAUUGAAGUUGCAAAUUUAUCACUAAUUAUGGAAGAAAUGAAGAUGGUAGAUUCCAAACAUGGCCAACUCAUCAAGAACUUCACAAUACUGCAAGGCCCUCCAGGUCCAAGGGGACCUAAAGGUGAGAGGGGACCCCAAGGACCUUUUGGUCUCACUGGCCUAAAAGGGCAAAAAGGAGAAAAAGGUGAGCCAGGGCCACCAGGACCUGCCGGUGAAAAGGGCCCAGUUGGGCCAAUCGGGCCACCAGGAGAAAAAGGUGGGAAAGGUUCAAGAGGAUCACCUGGCUCCAAAGGUCAGAGAGGUUCUACUGGCAAGACUGGUCUGCCAGGACCUAAUGGAGACCCAGGACCACCAGGACCACCUGGCAAAGAUGGUCCUCCAGGUCCACCAGGUCCACCUGGAUUUCAAGGAUUGCAAGGAACUGUUGGCGAGCCUGGGGUACCUGGACCUCGAGGAUUGCCUGGUCUGCCUGGCAUACCAGGGCUGCCUGGGCCACCUGGGCCACCUGGGCCACCAGGUCCAGGGAUGCCUCUGGCACUGAAAAGUGAGCCAACAUCAAUACCUGAGGCUAACGGUUGUUCUGCUCAUUGGAAGAACUUUACAGAAAAAUGCUACUACUUUUCAUCUGAAAGAGAAGUUUUUGAAGAUGCAAAAGUUUUCUGUGACGAGAAGUCCUCACAUCUGGUUAUCAUAAACAAUAAAGAGGAGCAGCAAUGGAUAAAAAGACAGAUUGCUGGGAAAGGCAACUUCUGGAUUGGGCUCACAGAUUCAGAGCAAGAGAAUGAGUGGAGAUGGCUGGAUAGAACCUUACCAGAGUACACAAACUGGAAAAGUGGGCAGCCUGAUAACUGGAGUACUGGGCAAGGGCCAGGGGAAGAUUGUGCUGGAUUAAUCUCUGCUGGGCUCUGGAAUGACUUUCAAUGUGAAGAUGUUAACAGUUUUAUUUGUGAAAAAGACAUGGACAAAGCCUAGACACUUGGAUUGUAAUAGGCUGUGAAUUUACAGACACAAAUACAAAUUACUAAAAAAUCCUAUGGGACUUCAUCAUCUCCUAACAAAAUUGAAAAGGAAGCACUGAAAACUGGUUUAAUGCAAAAAAAGAAUUCAGCCGCAACUCAUCUUUGCCAUCUUGUGAUUAUUCAAGGAUUCUGGACCCACAGCAUAAUGCAUUUAUUGGAAAUGCAAUUGGACUGAAUCAGUUACAUAUUUUUGUCAACCAGUGACCAUACAAGUGUACAAGUUUUGUCUUCAAAAACAUGAAAUAUAGCAGUCUGAGUAAGACUCUUGGUCAUUGAGCUAUAGGAAAUACUUAUAAAGCUACAGUGUAAACACUACAUUUCAUUUGCUAAAAUCCCAAAUAUAGGAAAAUUAUACAGAUACACACAUAGUAUAUAGAUUUUAUAUAAAUAUAUAUAUAGUCAAGUUGUUAUCAAUAAUAUGGAAUAUACUUUUAAGAGCUUUUAAAACUUUGUAUUUUUGUACAAAAUAUUUGCUUUUUACAUUUGUUCUUUUUUAUUGUCUUUUUUUUUUUUUUUACAAAUAUAGUGCACAGAGGCCAAAGAAAACAGCAAAGGUACUAAUAAUAAUUCAGGCUGUUGUCAGACUUAGCUCUGCUCAGCUAUAGAAAAAUAUUUUCCAGUUUAAAAAAAAGGUUUUUUUCCCAGAUGAACCCCUCUGAUUAAAUAACUUUGAAGCUGAUUUUAGAUAGUAUUUUUAUGCAAGUCUACUCUGUGUGAGUAGCAGCUAAGUAGAUCAGGGACUAGAUAUUCAUGAUAGCAGUAAUCACAGCCACUGAACCAUCAAUGUACUUCUGUACUAUAUGGGUCAUGUUAACACAAGACACUGUGAUGUCUGCCUUACUUCCCUUCCUCUCUGUCUACAGAAAAAUAUCACAGAAUUAAAUCACUAGCUUUUUUAAAUGUUUUAAUUGUUCCUCAAUUACAAUGCAGUUUUUAGGAGCUCUGCCAUAACAGGUGCUGCUUACUACUGAAAGUCAAACUAAGAAGAUAUUAAAAGACAUUUAUAAAACAGAAACAAAAAAUUUGAGCAUAUUGAAAUGUGGUGGGGUUUUUAAAGCUGGAUUUUAAAAUGUGGUAAUAAAACAUGAUGUAUUCUAAAAGGUCAAGUCAACCUGCAUUUCUCUAAAAUGUUUUGAUAUAAAUUAAUCUUGUCACUUCCUUGGCCCCAUCCUUCCCUGCCAAAAAACUAGCAAAAUUAAGUAUGCCACUACCAGAAUUUAGUAUGGUUAAUGGAUGAUAUCACUGUCCAAACCACUUCCUCUAUAUCCCUAAAGAGCUGUUGCCUAGACAGCAGCAGCACAGCCUAUCUUAAACAAUAAAAAAAAAUAAGCAAACAGUUAAAGUUUAUUAGCAGAAUCCAUGUGAUUUGGUUUCUAUUUUGUGUAUUCUCUGAGGCCACAUGCUACACUAUCAUGCAUGUCCUUUUGUACCCUUUUGGAAGAGAGUUGUUUUUUUACUGCCUCGUGACCUCCAGUUUACCUUGGCUGAGUAUGGUUUAGCCUUUUGAAAUACUCCAGCUCUUCUGGAAGAAGACAAGAUUUUGUACUUCAUAUUUUUAGGCAUUGCUUAUAAAUGUAACCAAUUAGAUUUCCUUGCCUUACUGGCUCUAGAGCUCCCAGGGCCUAAAUUCCAUAUUCUCUCCAAAGUUAAUCCUCCUU